CCUUUAAUUUUAAGGCUAACGUGUAACAUGUCUGUCAGGUUUGACUUUGUUUAAAACUCCGUACUUCUUCGUCAGUUUAUUUUAUCAGCAUUUACAUUGAUUCUACAAAUAUACUGUCACCCAGAAUUAUUAUUAAAUCAGGAUCAUGUCUAGUCAGUAGUUUUUAAAAAUCGACAUUAUAUAAGAGAAAAGUAUUUCUUGAAUCUCAUCUCUGUGCUCAAACAUUAAAAAAUGGAGGGCGCACUUCUAGCAACCCAUGAAAGUAAUGAAGUUAAAAAUGGGGCUAAAAGAAAAAAACCGAUACAGAAUGGAAUGUCCAACAAAAAACAAGAAGCAAACAAGGAAAAUGCUAAAAUAUCACCAACAAAAAGUAAUCCGAAAGGAAAGAAAACAAUGUUAAAAGAGAAGAAACAAAAGGAAUCCAAAUUGAAAAACGGCGAUCACAAUAUGCCAGAACUAAAAGAAAAGGAAACUUUUUCAAGAAAACUAAAUCCCAGAGACCAAGAGACGCCAGAAGAGGAGGAAUUAAUGCAGAGAGAACUGCAACGGGUAGAGCGAAGGAUGCUUAAGGAAGAGAAGUUAUUGCAGAGGAAACUCAAAGAGGAGCAGAAGUUGCGAAAGGAACAAGAGAUUGAGGAAAAUAAGAGGCUCAAAGAGCAGCUGAAAUUGCAGAAAGAACAAGAGAUUGAGGAAAAUAAGAGGCUCAAAGAGCAACAGAAAUUGCAGAAAGAACAAGAGAUUGAAGAAAAUAAGCGACUCAAAGAGCAACAGAAAUUGCUGAUGGAAGAACAAAGAUUGAAGCAAAGAGAACAAGAGAAACUUCAGAAACAACAAGAGGCCGAAGAGAAAAAGAAAGUUAGAGAUGAAAUGAUGGAGGAGAAAAGGGCGGCUGCUUUGAAAGGGAUGCAAUACUUGCUGACAUUGAGCAAGAAGUAUUCCAAUUUCCUCAGACAGAAAGUUGCGGAAGGUAAAUCUAAAAGGAAAAGUAAUCAACUGAAACGAAUGAUUGAAGAAAUUGAAGAGAAUGCUGUAGGUGGCCCUGCUGAAGAAAAGCCAGAGCUCACGGAUAUUACUGAUUCAUUGGAAUACUUCGAAGGAGGUCAAUUGAGAGAUUACCAAAUCGAAGGGGUUCGCUGGCUUUACCAUAUAUUCAAAAACGGAAUCAACGGAAUACUUGCCGACGAAAUGGGCCUUGGUAAAACCGUUCAAGUCAUAGCCCUGACGAGCCUCCUGCUGCAGAAGAAAGUGUCAGGACCGUUUCUAGUCGUGGCUCCGCUAUCGACUUUGCCCAAUUGGAAAUCGGAAUUCGAACGGUUCGCGCCCAAAAUCCCGGUAAUAUUAUUUAGCGGCAAUAAGAUCGAUAGGGAUUCGUUGAAAGUAAAAGUUGCAAAAAAAUAUAAAAUGGACAAAUCGAUGUCGACGCACGCCGUCAUUCUAGUUGCUUACCAUACUCUCCUGUCGGAAAAGAAUUUUUUUUUAGAUUUUCACUGGCAGUAUAUCAUCAUUGACGAAGGCCACCGGCUAAAGAACCAUCAGUCCCAACUAACGAUAUUAAUGAAACAUUUCAAUUCGACCAAUAGACUUUUAUUGACGGGCACUCCUAUUCACAAUAACAUUACCGAAUUGUGGUCGUUACUGAAUUUCCUGAUGCCCGAUAUCUUUUCCAACGUUGAUACAUUCAGCUCCCUCGUUCUUCUCGAUGACAUGGAGAAUAAAAAUAAAUUAUUGGAGCAAGAAAUGAAGACCAACAUGUUCUCUACAAUACACGAAGUGCUGGAGCCCUUCAUUUUAAGGAGGCUCAAAAAGGAUGUCCUAGAUGAUUUAGUUCCUAAGCAGGAAGUGAUUAUUUCUUGCCCGCUAACCCAAUUCCAGUACGAAAUCUAUUCUUACGUUAUCGAUAGAAAUAUCCGCGCCUUACAGAAUGUAGAAAAAAAACCAGAAGAACCGCUGGGUCGUUUCAGGAAAAGGCGCAAAGUAGAAUAUGCCGAGUUGAACGAUUUAGAUUUAAGCGAAGAUGAUAUCGUCGAGGUCGAUCGAGCCCUUUAUAAUACUAUCGCUUCAUACAAACAAAAGGAACGUAAAGAUUUCGUAACGCGCUUGACGAUGACCAACGUGAUUGUAAUGUUUCGAAAAAUCGCCGACCAUCCCUAUUUAGUGCACAUGCCUUUGGAUCCGAACUCGAAGACCCGCCAGUUGUUGAUUAACGAGGAUUUGAUCAAUAAAAGCGGCAAAAUGAUCCUGUUGGACGGCAUGCUUAAGAGAUUGAAGGCCAACGGUCACAAAGUGUUGAUAUUUAGUACGCUGGUCAUGACCUUAGAUCUGAUUGAAGAAAUGAUGCUGAUUCGGGAUUACACGUACAGACGGCUGGACGGCGGUCAGAGAAUAGCCGAAAGGGAAGAGAAUAUCGACAGUUUUAACAAUGAUCCGGACGUGUUUGCUUUCUUGCUGUCGACCGGAGCUGGAGGGCUCGGGCUUAAUUUAACCGGCGCUGACACCGUCAUAUUCUUCGAUAGACAUUGGAAUCCUCAAGUGGACAUUCAAGCGCAAGAUCGUUGUCAUCGGAUUAACCAAACGAAACCCGUCAUGGUGUACACGUUAGUUAGCAGAAACACGAUAGACGAGCGCAUUCUUAAAACCGGAGAGAAGAAGCGAUUGUUGGAGAAAGUCAUCAUCAGAGAGGGAAAGUUUCAAAGUUUGACGAGUAAAACGCAGGCGGUGCAGGUCGAAAAAGAACUGAAGGAACUGCAGGAUUUGCUGAAACACGAAGGCAAUCUUUCUCGGGCGAUUGCCGAGUCUGUCGAGCAGCUAGACAAACUGAUGGACAGAUCGAAAUUGUACGCCCAGAUGAACCAAAAAUAUGUCUACAAAGUAGUUACCUGAUUUUAUUAUUAUUUGUGAAGUUUACUAGUUUCUUACAUUCUUG